AAUAUUUGCAUUUCACAAGAACUACAAGAGGGGAACCCAUAUUUAUUUUUAGAAGAAAUAUCUUCAAAUAUUCAUACAAGAGAAAACUCUCCUAGUAUGAGAAAUUUUAUUGAUGCAGUAAAUAUAGAGAAAGAUGAAAUUCUAAGUACAUUAUCAGAUUCACAAAUACAACCUGUCAAUUUACAUCUUGAACAUGAAAACUCAACCAUUCAUACUGAAACAGAAUCCUCUAGUAUAAGUUUAAUGGGUACAGAAAAUGUGGAAUAUGAAGAUUAUGUUGAAUUACAAAAUGCAUUAGGUGGAAUUCUAAGAACAUUACCAGAUUCACAAAUACCUUUCAAUUUGCCUCUUGAAUAUGAAAACUCAACCAUUCAUACUGAAAUAGAAUCCUCUAGUAUAAGUUUAAUGGGUACAGAAAAUGAAAAACAUAAAGAUUCAUAUAAUUCACAGCCUAUUUUAAAUUAUUCAUCAGUAACUUCCAAUUAUUUGAAAGGAGAAUUCCUUAACUUACUCUCAGAAGAUCAAUGUUCAACUAUUAAUUAUGAAGAUAUAAUUCCCACUACUAGCAAUUUAAUGAUCCCAGAAAAUGUAGGAAAUGAAGAAUAUAUUGAAUUACAAAUUAUUCCCGUUGAUUUUCCCAUAGAAAAACAUGCUACAACUAUUAACUAUAACGAAGAUAUGAGCUCAGUAGAUGAAAUUGAACAAAUAUCAGGAGAAUAUAUGGGAAAUGAAAAAAAUGAGGAAAAACUUGAUGAACAAAUUCGUGAAGAAAAUAUAUUUGAAGAAAAAAACUUCUUUGAUGAUUUAUCUGUUAUCAAUUCUAGUAUAGAUAUUAGUAGUGAUAAUAAAAAUUCAUACAAAAAAAAAGGAAAGAAGAGAAGUUACGAAGACAUUGAUAAUUUAGGUGAUCAUAAUAUUGAAGAAGAUAUAUGUAUUGAGCCAAAAAAAAAUUAUGUUUAUAAUCAAAUUGCUGAAGAUUUUGUUCUUUCUCUUUCAAAUAUUUUCAAAAUACAAAUUAACUGUUUACCAGAUAAUGUAGUUCCAAGUUUACAAAAACUAAGAGAUAUAUUAAGCGAUGACAAUAAAAGUACAAAUAAUAAUAUAGAAAAAAAAAUUAACAUAAACAUUUUGCCAUUAAGAGAGAUUAUAACUGAGGAAAUAAAAAAAAUUAAUCCUUCUGACCUAAGAGCAAUAAAAGAAUACUAUGAUAAAAAUAUAGAAGGAGAAAAAUUAUUAAGAAUCAUUAAUAACAAUAUUUUGUUAUUUAGACAUAAAACGAACCAUAAAUUUAAUAUAAAAGCAAUGUAUGAAAGAAUAAAUAAAAUUUUAAAAAUUUUUGAGGAUUUAGCUAUUGAGCAUGAAAAUUUGCGGGACUUAUAUAAUUUAAAAUCAGCUAUUGUGAAUAAUCUCAUGUACAAUAAAUUAUUUUCUAUUGCAUUUAUUCAACCAUCAAGAGUCUUUAAACGUAUUUUUGAAAUAUUGAAAUGCAUGGAUAAAUUAAUAGAAUGUUCAGAAAAAUCAAUUAAAAAUGGAUUUAAAUUAAUAGAUUGUGAUUAUUUUCGUACUACUCAAAAGAUUAUAUUUAGUCUUCAUAAAUCAAUGACUGCAACUAUUGCAAGUAAUUUGAUUAAAAUUGACGAUAUUUUGAAAACAUUGAAUUUAUCAUAUAAAGACCACGAUAUAAUAGUAAAAACUAUUUUUUAUUUUUUUAAAAAAGAAAACGUAAAAAAUAAGGAAAAAUUAAAGCUUUACAUAAAUAAACCUUACGAAAAAAAUUCUUUAGAAGCAAUUUAUAAUUUUUUAUUAGAAGAAGAAAAAAAUGUUACAUACUACUAUAAUGAAGCGUUUAAAAUUUUUAAUUUAAAUUUAAGUGACAAAAAUAGGGGAAGCAUGAUCUUCGAUGAUUUAAUAAAUAACAGAAAUACUGCAGAUAGUUUAUUCUCUCUUUAUGAAACUCUUAUAAAAUUAAUAGGAGGUUUAUUUUUUAAGAAACAAUUAACCAUUAUUAUGAAUAUACGUAGAUCAUUACUUAAUAUGAGUUUAUUGAGAAAAAGGAAAAAUAUUUCAGAUGCAAAAAAUUUAAAUAAAGAACACCAAUUAGAUUUGCUCUCUCAAAUAGAAAAAGAAAAAUGUAAAAUGGAAAAAAUUAAGCUUAAUAUAAGAAAUUUAUAUUUAUUGGUUACUACAAAAAAUGAAAUAAAACGUAUUCAAGUAUCAAGCUCUUUAAUAAAUAAAAUAAAUGAAAUUAUAUCAAUUUUACGUUUCAUUUGUAAAAUAAAAUAUAAAGAUAUAGAUAAAAUUGAUCUUAAUAAAAAAAAAAGGGCUGGUAUGGAAAAUAUUUUGCUUGCACUAUAUUAUGCCAACCAAAGGCUUUCAAAGUUUACUGAAAGUGAAAUACAAUAA